AUGAAGAAAUGGGACAGCUGCCAGGACUGUGCCCAAAUAAUUGAACUCCUUACAGCCCUUCUCUCCAACCCAGACAUGCAGACCAAGAUCAGGAGUGAGCUGGAGAAACUGUGUGACCACAUGCCAGGUCCUGCAGCACCUAAACUGUGCCAGGAGCAGGUGGAUAAGAACCUCCCCCUGUCCUUCACCUUCUUGACCAGCUUCGUCAAACCAGCUCAGGUGUGCUCCGUGUUGGGACUGUGUGGCUCCCAGUCAGAGGGCCAGCAGCAUGACCUGCUGACCAAUCACAUUCAAGACACUCUGAAGUCAGCCAUGACAAUGACAAAGGUGCAGUUCUCACCACAAUGUACCUUCUGCGUUUAUCUCAUCAAGUUACUGAAGAGUAUGCUGCCAAAAAUGGCUGUGAUUGAUAUGCUGGGGAAGGUGUGUGGCAUUCUGCCCUCAUCUUACAGAGAUCAGUGUGUGAACCUGAUAGAGAAGUAUGGUAAGAUGCUGAUGGACAUGCUCCUGAGCUACAUCACCCCUGAGGCCAUCUGCACCCUCAUCCAAGUCUGUCAUGGCAUGGAGACGCUUGUCAGUGAGAGUGCUCCUCUGUCUGACUGUGAGUCCUGUCUGACCCUGGCGGUUUUGACUCAUCUACAGUUGGGCUCCAACGCUUCAGAGCCUCAGACCGCCUCCUUCCUGGGCUCUGUCUGUCAGCUCCACCCCAACGCCCUCCCCAAGUGUGACGGCUUCACCCAGCUCCAUGCCCACCAGCUGAAGGGGGUUCUGGGUAAACCAGAGUCUGCCCUUAAUGUGUGUGAGAGGGUGGGUCUGUGUGGGGGAGUGAGAGAGGCAGGAGAACAGAGAGAGGACCCAUGCAUUCUGGGCACCAGCUACAGGUGCAGAGACCUCAAGACUGCCCUGGAAUGCAGGACAGUGUCCUUCUGCCAGAAGUUUGUGUGGAAGUAA